AGUAUGCCAGGCGAUUCAUUUUAUUGGAGCCCUGUAGAAAAUGAUACAGAUGAUUCUUUUCAAGAAAAAGAAGGAUACAUCGAUCCCUGGGAUUUGGAAAACUAUGCCUAUAUAAGAGAACACCUGGACUCCAUGGAACUCAGCUCUAGCCCUAGUGGUCCCAGUGGUAGUAGUGGAGAAUUCGCAGAAGCAACGAACUCUUUUGAUUUUAUUCCAGGAAAAAAAAAACCAGGACCACCUUAUAUAUCAAAACAGGCACCUUACUUGACAGAAGACAGUAAUUUCGAAUCAAUUCUGAGUGAACAAGAAAACUAUGCUGACAUAGAAGAAAUUCAGAACUAUGAGAGAAAAAACAGAAGAGCCACCAGUGAAAUGCAGUGGCCAAUUCGAAAAAGACUAAUGGAAGAAUACGAGCCAGAGGUGAGCCCUUACGCUGAGGGAAUAGUUCAAGAUAAUCCAGUUUUUGGAAUUUACGACAGAAACGGAGUAUUUCGAAGAGUUGCUUUGCCUAUUUCUUAUCCGAAACCAAAGAAAGAUAGAAGUCUGAGCUUUUCUUAUGGAGAUUUUGGUAACGACCAGUAUGGUUCCUCUUCCAAGCCCGAUCUCUACAGUAAAUUGGAAGAUAACCAAAGUGGAGAAGAUUCAUCCUUACCGAUAUAUGAUGACGUCGGAAGAAACAUGAACCAUCUUAGAGUCAACAAACCACAGAAUUUUAGUUUCAGCAAAUACGGACAUUUAAAAAUAGAUUAUUCCCGCAGUUGGAAUAAUUUAAAUAAAUAUAUGAAGUAUAACUGAUACUGAUAAUCAUUCAAAUUCAUCAUGGCAAUUACCCUUGAGGUAUAAGAAUAGGAAUUUAUAUUAUUAUUAGAUUAAUUUAGGUAACUUCAAAAUAGCUUAUCAUUUCCAUUAUUCUCAAUAUUAUCGAAAGUUAGAUUUGAUUGGUAUUUCAUGUAUUCAAAAGAAAACAAAUAUCAGUUAUGGUUCAGGCUGCAGGCCUGUUUCAUAGCGCCUAUUCACAAAUAAGGAACAAGCAAUGGGACAAAAAUUUUGGUUGUGUUGUUGUGAAUUUCAUAUAACAUAAUGAUCAAUCCUUGUUCAAGAUUGUAGAGUAGGUACCCAAUAUGACAUCGUUUAUUAAUAACAGUGGCUGUACAUGAAUACAUUCUUAGCUAGAUACUGCUUUAUUUAUUGUUGAAAUGAUGUAGGUCUAGUGAUUCUGGAAUCUUGGGACAAUCAGUGAUCCCCAUAUCAAAUGAACAAUACAUGUGAGUCAAACCUAUUAAAUAAACAGCCUGAAGGAUUUGUAACUUUCCCUUGGUUGGGAAUUUGCCCCUCUGUAUCUAUACGUUCCUGAAGACUAUAAGGGAGGCUAUAAUUCACAAUAAUAUACGUGUUGGGAUUUUUUUGUUCAACAUUUCUCCUAUAUUCACACCUUUGAAUCGCAACAUACAGUAUAAACCCUCAAAUCAUCUAGACGUAAGGAGACAAUUUGGUAUAUCUUACGAUUUGGUCAUUGCAAUGCCAUUUUUAAACCAUAUGAGGAAGAAUAACUAACUAACUUGUUAUCAGGAACAAAGUUUUGAUCACUUUUGUUUCUGGAGUUACUUUAGUCACAAAACGGGAAUAAUACCUGAUAUAUUGUUGUAUUUCAGAAACAGUGCAUCGUAGAAAAAAAUAUUCCAUUUGGUAUAGAGGCAUAUAUGUUUCAGUUUUAUUAUUUUCAAUGUUUGCAAUAAUGAAAAUUAUUGAGCAAUGAUGAUGAGAUAAAAAUGUUUCUUUCAUUACAAAAAUACUAGUCAGAAAAUAUAGAAGUUAAUACUUUUUUUCAACUCUACAGUUUUAGUCUAAUCAAUAAUUUCCAUUUCAUAACUUUUGAGGUCGCCUUCUCCGAAAACGAUAAUUUAAUUCAUUAUUUCACCCAAAAUAAUUUCACCUAAAGUUAUUCAGUUCCAAAAUAAAUACCUAUUUCAAAAGUUAUAAAUACUAUAGCAAAAACUAAUGAAGAUAUUCAAAAUUUUUGAAAAUAUUAUCAAAAAGAAGAAAUGUUUUUGAAAUCUCUCGGAACUGAAGCCCUAAUAUUUAUAAUUUUGACAAUGCGGUGAAAAUAGGAUGAAACGAGUGCUUCGGCUCUGACACGUGCCCCCCGAUGCUGGCGCUUCAACAAAAAAUUGUUUCAGCUCAUUCAAUUUGAAUAUUGACGGAUACAAAAAUUUGAUUACUUGCUGUAAAGUUGGAUAAACAACAAUCCGCCGGGAAAAAUGUAUGGCAAUUUUCCUUUCAAUUAUGUUUUUGGUAAUUAAUAAGUUUUUUCGAGUUAAAGAUUUACUUAAAAACCUCAAUAAAUUUUGAAAUUUAUGCCUGGAUUUUCACCCUUUUUAGAGAGAUUCUUUGAAGGCUGUAGAAAAGAUCCUCCAUCGAGAAAAUUCAAUUAUUCCAUAAACAAUAUAUUUUUCAUAAGAGUUUUUUAACAAAUAAAAUGAAAAAUUCAAAAAAAUUGUAAUCAAGUAGUUUUGGUCAACAAGAAAACAAAACAGCGACGAUCUUUUCUAAAGUCCAAACAUGCUCCGCUAUUUCCGAUUUGUUGGUUUCUCUGCCGUGUGUUUCUCUUGUACUCGGCAAUGCGGACUCACAGGGUAUCCGGUUAAUGAAAUUCUAGGAAUCGCAGUCCGCAUUUGGUGGCCGGGUUUUCGUGAGGUGUUUCCGUAUGGUGUUUCCGUAUAUGAAGAAGGUUCUGAUGUACUGGUUGUGACGACUUCUCUUCCUUAUGGGGCUCUUGCUGUCUUCUAGCCAAAAUCUGUUCCAUCAUCACUUUGGAGUAACCAUUCCGUUGAAGAUCUUUUCUGAUGUGAUGGUGGACCAGAUUUCGGCAAAAAAACAGCAAGCGAAAACUCCUGCUAAACCGGUGAAGCGGAGAAAGGGGAUAGGUAAAAGCGUUCGAAUUACUAUAAAUAGUCAUCUCUCGAAGAAAUAGUCCAGUCAUCACUCGAA